AUGUUUGGGCGGCGGCGGCCUGAACCGGAGGACGAUCCUUUCGCCUUUGUGAGUGGGGGAACCUACACAGAGGCCUGGACCGAUUCCCAGCUCCAGGAAAACCUGGAGCCGGACCCAGCAGCGCAAGCCGAGAAGCUGGUGAACGAGAUGCGGCAACAGCUACAGCACAGCCGCGGGGAGCCACUGCAGGCGCCGAUUCGGAAGCAGCCCAUGAUCUCCCAUCUCACAGCUUAUUUAGCGCCAGCGCUGCCAUGCACCGCGAGUUUGGGCUCAGGAAUCCUGGCUGGGGCCUACGGAAAGUCACCGCGCAGAGUUACGCAGCGAACUCGCCACGUCUCGGCUCGCUCAGCUAAGAGAGCUGCCAUGGCGCUCGCUGCGAGGUUGCCUCCGCUCUCGGCUCGUCAGGCGACGCCAACAAGGGCCGGCAUCACUGCGCCGCAGCCUUUGCGGGCCGACGAAGGCAACUCUGCGCCCCACGCUCGCCCUUGCGCCUGGCUAGCCGUUUCUGCGGCCGUCGGCUUCAGAGCCGGCAGACGGUCGCGGACCUCUUGCAGAGCUGCGGAUGCGGUGGCUGUGAAGAAGGAGAAUGAAGCAGAUGAGGAGUUUGAGCCCUUCUUCGAGGAGGUGGCUGGAGACGACCCCAUGGUGACGGAACUAGAGGCGCGGCUCCGGAAGAUGAACAAUGACAAGUCCCUGACCUUGGACAUGGUGCUGAACCCGGGCACCAUCGUUAACACGGAGCGUGAGGUCAUCCUGCUGAAGGCCAAGCUGAAGGCUACACCGGACGAGGAUGAAGAGGAAAGAACAAGGCUGGAGGACAAGAUCGAGGAAAAGCAGAUGAAGAUCGUCAACGAGAUGAAGCUGGUCAUGAGUAACAACUUGAAGCUCGAGUUUUUGGUGCAGGCGGUGUUGUCAAUCUUUGCCUUCGGGGCGAUGUGCUACGACGCCUUUCCAUGGAUUCCAGACCUCACCUGGGCGGGCAUCAACAAAGCAGGCUCAAUGCUGGCGCUGAAGCUCUUCGGGGUUUGGGGCCUUUGGCUCUUCACCGUGCCGGCGCUGAGAGCGCGGAAGCCGGGAGGGCCCUACGGCAUGGGAUACGAGGAGAAGCGUGCGCUAGACUUGUCGUUUCUGGUGCUCCCCUUCGCUUGCCUCUUCGGGCCUGUAUUCUUCAAGGACGCAGCAGUGACGUUUUGGAUCUCCUUGGUCACCCUGGCCGGGCUCUACGCGUGGAGUUUUAGCUCUCCGCUGUCAGAAGAUGGCAAGAUCCAGAGAGGAGCCGGGCAGGACCUGAACUUGCCCGAGCCGGUGAUGUGGGCCAUCAAGGCCUUGGACUUCGGCACCGGCUCGGAGCGCGGCGCGCGCUCGGAGGACACGACCUGGCAGGCGCAGCUGGCGGCCUACGAGAAGGCGGGCGACGAGCUGGCGGAGCUCAAGGAGCAGAGGAAAGCAGAAGCGGAGGCGAAGCCAUGAGCGGCAGGUUUCGCCCGAAGUGAGCCCUCAAGGGCAAGGGCCCUUUGAUUAGAAGGUAGCUGAGGGGCUUAUGGGCAACCUCAACCUAAGAAG